UGAUAAUGAGAAUUUUGCGGCAGGCGAUGCACUAUGGUGCCUGGAUAGUCGAUGCUAGAGCUUCGGAGACUAUCGUGGCGCGUACGUUGCAUAAUCUGUAGGAACUCUAUGGUUCAGGCCUAUUUGGACUAUUCGACCUAGAAAAUAGGGUAGAGGCUUCUGCCUAUCUUCUGUCCUGUUUUCUAUCCUGUUCUCCAUCGUUUAUCUAUCUCGCGCAAGAGUCGACAUCUAUCCCAUUCUAGUUCAUUACCUAGAAGCAUAUAAUUUCCUCUUGAACCCAAAAAGGCUUUCCACGAUGCUCCCAACCACAACUCUCGGUCUUCACAAAUGUCCGCCUACAAGAUGCCCGACUCGGCGUAUAAGCGCCUCUCAUUUCGUGCACCAGAUUAUGGACUUCUCUACAACCUAACCAAACGGAUCCUCCCUGCAAUAUUGAUCAUCCUCGGCAUUAUCACCUUGUGCGUCCUUUACGCAUACUCCCUAAACGGCCGCGCUGUACCACGCCAAUUUGUCGUCGGCAUGAGUAUCACCGCCGCCAUCUUCGCCGUGAUCUUAAUAGUCCUAUCAGCGAUCUAUUGCUGCCGGCCUAAGUGUGCCGGAAAACACAAUCUCCGCCUCGAGUCUCCCGCAGCGCCCGAAACGACAACGAUAGGGUGGGAUGGCAUAGGCCCCAGUGAUUUCUACGACCGGCCCAAGCAGAUGCCGGCGGUGGCUAGGCGGGCGCGGGAGAGUGCGGGAUUUGGCGAUUUAUUUGAUAAGAUCAAGCAGGUUAUCAAAGAAUGGAGGGAUGAGCCCUAUCGUAUGGAUAAUGUACGAGCAAGAGCACCGGCGCACGCAUCGCGGGGAAGGGAUACGCCUGCUAGUCGUUAUACUCCGCAUACUCAAUAUGAUAGGCGGCGUGAGGACAUGGUAGAAAGCGAAGACCUCUACCGCCGUCAAAGGGAUAGGGAUUAUAGGGGCGACCCACCGGGUGCUCAUCAGGCAUAUUGCGAGAGUGAUGAUAAUCGGUCACAGGAUGCGGAUAAUACGGAGGUUGAACCGCCACGGGCUAUGUUGAGGCAUGAUUAUCACCAUCAUAAUGUCUUGCCGAGGGAAUUGGAUCGGAUGCUGAAUGUGAACAAUGUGUAUCUCAAAAUACCUACUCCUGCUCACAAUCCGCGGAGGUGAGGCGCGAAGGGGUUGUGCUGUAAGGAGGAUGGUGGGCCGGUGUUAAACUUGGGAUAGAUGGCGCUGUUGCGUUGAUAUGGUUGU